AUGGAUUUACCGAUGGGAAAUGGUGGUGGCGUCGGCUCAGGGGAUGAACAAGAAGCUGCUUCCAAUACUCGGAAGGGGAAAAAGUCCUACCAUCGCCACACUGCUGAACAAAUACAGCAACUUGAAACAUUCUUCAAGGACUACCCGCAUCCGGACGAAAAGCAGCGGCGUCAGUUGAGCAGGAGGCUUGAGCUUGAACCCAAACAGAUCAAAUUCUGGUUUCAAAACAAAAGAACUCAGACAAAGGCUCAACAUGAGCGAGCAGAUAACAGUGUUCUACGGUCAGAGAAUGAUAGAAUCCAAUGUGAAAACGUUGCAAUCAGAGAGGCACUGAAAAAUGUGAUUUGCCCAGCUUGUGGAGGUCCACCCUUUGGAGAACAUGAACGGCGACUAAGCCUACAGAAACUGCAGCUGGAAAAUGCCCAAUUGAAAGAAGAGCAUGAAAAGGUAUCCAACCUUCUUGCCAAGUACAUUGGCAAACCAAUCUCCCAAUUCGAAUCGCUGAUCCCUAUGGUUCCUAGAUCUUCACUGGGUUUCUCUCCUGGAACUUCCAUGAACCAAAGACUGGGAAAUCCUGCUCUUGAUCUAGACCUUAGUUACAGUCCUGCAAGUUCUAAUAAUACUGCGUUUCUAUACCAAUUAAAAGGAAUUCCAAACAUGGAGAAGGCUCUUAUGUUGGAGACUGCUGCUGGUGCCAUGGAUGAAUUAAUUAGGCUUCUGCGAAUCAACGAGCCUUUGUGGAUCAAGUCCUUGGAUGAUGGGAGAUAUGUUCUUCAUCAUGAAAGUUAUGGAAAGCUAUUUCCUACGAUUAAUCACUUCAGGAAUCCCAGUGCUCGCGUGGAGUCCUCGAAAGAUUCAGAUAUUGUGACCGUGAGCGGAAUGCACUUAGUUGAGAUGAUUUUAGAUUCAGAGAAAUGGGUUGAUCUCUUUCCCACAAUCGUUACAAAAGCAAAGACAAUUCAGGUGCUUGAAACAGGAACAUUAGGAAAUCGAAGUGGUUCCUUACAGCUGAUGUAUGGAAAAAUGCACAUUCUUUCGCCUCUGGUGCCACCUAGAGAAUUCUACUUCCUUCGCCAUUGUCAACAAAUUGAACUAGGUCUGUGGGUGAUAGUGGAUGUCUCUUAUGAUUGCUCAUUACAGAAUAUUCCCCCUUCCUGCUCUUGGAGGUUCCCCUCUGGAUGCAUGAUUCAGGAAAUGCCCAAUGGAUGCUCCAAGGUUACUUGGGUAGAGCACGUGGAAGUGGAUGAUAAAAACCAAACUCAUCGACUCUAUAGAGAUCUCAUAUGUGGUAGUCUUGCUUAUGGAGCAGAACGAUGGAUUGUUACUCUUAAGAGGAUGUGUGAGAGAUUUUCUUACUCCAAUGGAGAAAUUACACCUAGUCAUGAACUUGGAGGAGAGUUUAGUUCGCCUGAAGGUAGGAGGAGUGUCAUGAAGCUUUCACAUAGGAUGGUGAAGAAUUUUUGUGGAAUCUUGAGCAUGUCAGGUAAACUGGAUUUUCCUCAUCAAUUAUCUGAACUCUACAACAGUGGGGUUCGAGUAUCGGUUCAUAAGAGUAGAGAACCAGGCCAGCCCGGUGGGAUAAUAGUCAGUGCUGCUACCUCUCUUUGGCUUCCCCUACCACCUCAGAAUGUCUUUGAUUUCAUCAGAGAAGAGAAAAUGCGAGUUCAGUGGGAUGUCCUCUCCGAUGGAAAACCAGUGCAUGAGAUUUCACGCAUUUCAAUUGGAGCUCAUCUGGGGAACUCUAUUUCCAUUAUUCAGCCUUUUAUCCCAGCUGAGAGCAACAUGUUGAUGCUUCAAGAGAGCUGGAUAGACAGUUUGGGAUCCUUAGUAGUCUAUGCUCCAAUUGACAUGCCGUCCAUCAGCAUGGCCAUGAGCGGCGAGGACCCUUCAAACAUACCAAUACUUCCAUCGGGGUUCGUAAUCUCCAGUGAUGGCCAUCCUGAAACUGGAAGUGCGGGCGCUUCAACAAGCAAAAAUGCUGGGAUGUCUGGUGGUUCACUGCUUACAGUGGCUUUCCAGAUAUUGGUAUCAAGCCCCUCUUCGAAGCAGUUGAAUAUGGAAUCCGUGGCAACUGUCAACACUCUAAUCAGCUCCACUGUUCAGAGAAUAAAGGCUGCUUUGAAUUGCUCUGGCUUGGAUUGACCAGUUUUUGUGAUUUGUGUGCUGCUGUUAAACUUUGAGUUGAGAGACAAUAUGGUGUGUUUUCUUUUCUUUAUUUGUUGAGUAAUUUUACAUAUAAUCGUGA